GCCGGAUGAUCCACCCAGUCUGGAGAUGGACGUGCAUACAACAUCCGGCAACACUCCCGAAGGCAACGGCACCUACCCGGCACUCUGGCUACGGAAACGAUGGACAGUCGAUUAUAGCACGAAGUCCACAACAAUCACUGACACGCCGACCCCGCGACGAUGAGCAGCGCAGAAGAGCCACUAAUCUCGCGUCAUCCAUCUCCUUUGGGAGACGACCGUGAACACGACCACGACAGCAACGAUGCAGCCGCCUACGAAGACAGUAGCACCACCCCGCACACUCCCUCCUCCCCCACGCUAUUCCUUUAUCUCCUCACCUUUUCAGCAGGCAUCUCAGGCCUCCUCUUCGGCUAUGAUACGGGCGUGAUAUCCUCGACGCUCGUCUGCAUCGGGACCUCGCUCUCCGCGCGCCCUCUGACCUCGCUGGACAAAUCCGUCAUCACAUCCUCCACCUCGCUGCUCGCCCUCCUCAUCUCCCCCUUCUCCUCCCUUCUCGCCGACCGCCUGGGCCGGAAGCGCAUCAUCCUCGCCACCGACAUCAUCUUCGCUCUGGGUGCCGUCGUCCAGGCGUGCAGCGAUGCAGUCUGGGAGAUGGUCCUGGGUCGGGCCGUCGUCGGCAUGGCGGUUGGCGCGGCCAGCUUCGUGGUGCCGCUCUAUAUUGCCGAACUGGCGCCCUCGGGCUUGCGAGGAAGGCUGGUUACCAUGAAUGUGAUUUUCAUCACGCUGGGGCAGGUGGUGGCGUAUGUGGUGGGUUGGGUAUUAGGGGAGUAUGGCGAUGAGAGGACGGCGUGGAGGUGGAUGGUCGGCCUGGGAGCCGUGCCGGCGGUAGUGCAAGCCGUGGUGAUGGUGGCUAUGCCUGAGACGCCGAGGUGGUUGGUUAAGGUAGGCAGAGUAGGGCAGGCUAGGAGAGUUGUUGAGAGGGUGUUGGGCGGACGUGGGGCCAGCAAGGAGGUGGAUGCUACUGUGAAAGGCAUUGAAAUCGAAGUGAGGGAGGAAGGCGAGGCGAGAAGGUUGCGCAGGCCGAGAAGGGAGGAUGAUGAGGGUAGGUGGAUGGCCUCGGUUGACGAGCUCUUCCGGACGAGGAGGAAUCGGCGGGCCUUGAUCAUUGCCUGUUUGCUUCAGGGGUUGCAACAGUUGUGCGGAUUCAACUCGCUCAUGUAUUUCUCGGCUACGAUAUUCACGAUGCUCGGCUUUCCCAUCCCAACCCUUACCUCGCUAGUCGUCGCCGUCACCAACUUUGCCUUCACCCUCAUCGCUCUGUUCUUGAUCGACCGUAUCGGAAGGCGGCGCAUCCUGCUAUGGACAAUCCCAUUCAUGGUCGGGGGCCUUCUUGCAGCAGCAUACGGGUUCUCUUUCAUCCAGUUCGCCUCGACCGAUUCGACCCAAGACGGCAGCUCUCCCGGCCAAAGCGCAGCUCUCAUCAUCCUGGUCAGCAUCAUGGUGUACGUCGCAGGCUACGCUAUGGGACUCGGAAACGUGCCGUGGAUGCAGAGUGAGCUGUUCGGGCUCAGUGUGCGAUCCCUGGGUAGCGGCAUUGCCACGGCAACCAACUGGGCUGCAAACUUCGCGGUUGGGUUGACUUUUCUGCUCCUGAUGGAUGCGCUCACGCCGUCGUGGACUUUUGUACUUUACGCGCUGAUAUGCGCAACUGGGUACGGGCUGAUCUGGAGGUUAUAUCCUGAGACGGCUGGGCUGAGUCUAGAAGAGGCCGCAGGCCUCCUGGAAGACGAUAACUGGGGCGUUCACUACUAGUAGUGCAAGGUACCUACGUAUUGUAUUGGACAUAGCCUGUUGUAAUACUGUGAAGAUACUACCAGCCUGACAUUGCAUC